AUGGUUUAUGGUCAGGUAUUACGGUUACCGCGUGAUUUCUUUACUGGAGAAAAUGCAGCAAUAUUACCUUUCACAUUAGUAACACGACUGAAGGAAAAAUGUAACGUAAUAUCACCAGUAUUAGCCAUAUACAAUACUAAAAUGAAACCAUUUAUAUGGGGAAACCCUAAGUCCUCAUCUCAUGUAUUCAUAAGGCAUGAUGCGGUAAGGAAAGCGUUGCAAAUGCCAUAUGAUGGUUUAUUCAAAGUAAUCGAGCGUUCGAAGAAGUUUUAUAAGGUGGGUGUCAUAGGCGGAUAUUGGGGGGACUUGGGGAGGACUUAA